AUGUCAGCCGUGACCAAUCAGCCUCUUCCCUUUGGACAACUGGAGCGAGAGAAGCACAUCCAGAUGAUCUUCAGAGCUUUCCACAACAGCUGUGGGCCUUCAUGCGAGACGAUGGAGAACGGCUCCACACAGCCACCAGGUACAGUGAGCAGCCCGGGGCUGGAGGAGCAGUGGCCUGCAGGAUCACACUUUAUGUCUGCGCUGGAAACAGUCAGUCAAAUACAUAUCACUGCCAGACCAGAGCUGCAAGGUCCACAGUGUGUUCCUAAGAGGAUCUACAGCAUCACCACAGGAAGCAGCAGGUCACAGAUAUUUGUGGCUGUGGAAGAGAGUUCCUGCGUUUGCCUCCAAUGUUGCGGUCCAGCUCGGGCCUGUUCCUUGCAGGGCUUUGACUGUCAGGGCCAACAGGUGUUUUAUUUUGAAAGGCCCCUCAGGGGGGACGCCUGCUGCCUCGGAUGUUGCCUGAUGGAGAUGAGGGCCUACACACCUCAAAAACAUCUCAUUGGCACUGUAUGUCAGAGGUGGAGCAUGUUCACCCCUCUGCUGGAAGUGUGCGGGUCAGAAGGAGCACCGGCCAUCAGAGUCCAGGGCUCCUGCUGUCCAUACCGCUGCUUCUCCAACCAGCAAUUCCAGAUUGUCUCCAACAUUGGUGAGAAAAUGGGCACAAUAUGGAAGAGAUGGCCUGGCUUCAAUGUCGAACAUAACAUGGACCAUGAACAUUUUGGGUUGGAGGUGCCACUGAAUAUGGAAUCACGUACGAAACUGCUGCUGCUGGCAGCCACGUUCUUGUUGAAUUAUAUGUUCUUUGAGAUGAGCUGA